AUGGCAUGGGAUCACUUGGAUAUCGAUAAGCCGCAUUUGGCUUACAUGAUCCUGGGAGGCUUCACAGGCCUGUUCAUGUUAUGCUCUUUGUUUGUCAAGGAGAAGCUAUACAUCGGUGAAGCUACCGUAGCCACGCUCUGUGGUAUUAUUUUUGGCCCCCACGCGGCCAAUCUAUUCAACCCUCACGAAUGGGGAAAUAUCGACAAGAUCACACUCGAGUGCUCGCGAAUUGUCCUGGUCGUGCAAUGUUUUGCCGUAGGCGUUGAGUUGCCCAAGGCCUACAUGGAACGGCAUUGGAGGUCUGUUUCAUUGCUGCUGAUCCCCGUUAUGACCUGGGGUUGGCUUAUCACCAGUUUGUUUAUCUGGUGGCUGGUUCCUCCUCUCAACUGGCUUGAGGCACUGGUGUGUUCUGCCUGUGUUACGGCUACCGAUCCUGUCCUAGCAUCGUCUGUUGUUGGUAAGGGAAAGUUCGCUAAGCGUGUCCCCAAGCAUUUGCGUGACUUGUUGUCUGCAGAGUCCGGGUGUAACGAUGGUAUGGCUUUCCCAUUCAUUUAUCUGUCAUUCUACAUCUAUCACUAUCGCCCCAAUGUUGGAGAGGUGUGGCUGAACUGGUUCUGUAUUACCGUUCUGUACGAGUGCAUUUUGGGUGCUAUUUUUGGCUUCACCAUCGGCUACAUUGCUCGCCAUGCGAUUAAAUGGGCUGAGCGCAAGGGAUUGAUCGACCGUGAGAGUUUCCUCGUCUUCUACUUUGUUCUGGCUGUCUUCUGUGCUGGCUCGGGUGCUUUGCUGGGCAUGGACGAUCUGCUGAUUGGAUUCGCCUGUGGUGUUGGUUUCAGUAACGAUGGCUGGUUUACGGAGAAGACAGAGGAAUCUCAUGUCUCUAACGUUAUUGAUCUUCUGCUCAACUUGGCAUACUUCGUCUACUUCGGAUCCAUCGUUCCCUGGGAGGACUUCAACUCCCCCGAGCUUGGCCUUACUCCUUGGCGGCUGGUAGUGAUUGCGAUAUUAGUCCUCUUGUUCCGACGUAUUCCUAUCAUGCUCAUGCUCAAACCGAUAAUACCGGACGUCAAAACCUGGCGAGAAGCUUUGUUCGCGGGACAUUUCGGUCCUAUUGGUGUCGGUGCCAUUUUUGCCGCCAUUCUCGCUCGAGCAGAGCUGGAGCACGACAAUACACAACCAUCACCCGAAAAUGAACUCCCAAUGCCAGGAACUAGCAAUUACUACGUUGUCAGACUCAUUUGGCCCAUUACUACGUUCAUGGUCAUCACGUCCAUUCUGGUACAUGGUUCAUCUAUUGCAGUUUUCACUCUGGGUAAACGCAUCAACACCUUGACUAUCACCCUAUCCUACACACAGGCCAACGAGGAUGGACCUUCAUGGAUGAACCGUCUUCCUCGUGUGCAGUCAAUCGCCAAGGGCUCCAUGUCCUUCCGCAAGACGGAUGACACGGAUGCCUCAUCGGACGAAAAGCUUCCUGAGUAUCCUCCCGGUACCUUACCACCCAUCGGCAUGCCUGGCAACUUUCUCCGCCGGCAACGUGACGAGGAGGGAGAUAGUGAGUCACAAAGCCUCGAGACUUCUCGUCGCAAGCCCUUGCGGAGACGUCGCCGUAAGCGUGCUGCCGGUGGUGGAGGUCCAAUUAGCCAGUCUGCUAUCAUGCCUGCUCCUCGGCGUACCGAGGGUGAGGUUGAGACCGAAGCAGAAAAGAAAGAACUCGAAGAGCGUGAUCAGGUUGAGCGUGGAGCUUCUCCACCUCAUGCCGAGCGGGAUCGCUUCGGCCGUGAGCCAGAGAUAGAGGUUUAUCAGGAGGGACACAACAUGAUCAUCGAGGAUGAAGAGGGCAAUGUUCUCGCGACUGAGGAUACCUCUCACAUGUCUUCGGAAGAGAAGAGCGCUCACAUCGAAGCGCAACGCAAGCGUCUUGAAAAUGAUAAAUCUGGACAAUUUGCAGCGUCUCGGAGUCAACCCCACACGAAGACCGAGGGAGAAGAGCUCAAGCACUCUAUUGAGAAGAAGGCUGGUACGUCAUACGGAAAUGCCCUCAAGAAGUGGACCAACUGGACCGGACGCGGAAAGGAUCAGGCUACGGAACAGGCAGAGAAACCCCCCAAGGCCGAUUCAGCAAAACCCAAACCUCGUUCAGCUCAUGCAUACCAAUUCGGCAAUACCAUUAUUGUCGAGGAUGAGGACGGUGAGGUGAUCAAGAAGUACACCCUUCCUGGAGGCAAGAAGGGCGAGAAGGGUGAUAAGACCCAUAAGGAGCCCACCGUCCCUGGUGAAGCACCUGUCAAACGUGGCCUGACUCGCAUGGGAACCUGGUUCGGCAUGGAGGAAGAAGGCGAAUCCUCCCAGGCUGCCCAAGGAAAGAACAAGGACGACGACUGGGCUGCCGACGACGGCAUUCGAUUCACUUUGGCCCAGGAUCCCGACGUUCCCUCUCAAGGCAUCGGCCACAAGGGCCGACGCAUGAACAAGCAGGAAUUCUUCGAGCAGAUGAAGGGUCUUGACGCCAAGGCCCGCCGUGAUCUGGUGCAGCAAACCGACGCACCAGCCCCAAUUCAAGAAAUGGCCCAGCGCGAAGCCAAGGCUGAGGCCAAGCAAGAGCGCCACCUUUCUGCUGCCGCCGCCGCUGCUGCCACCACCGGUGGCACUAGCGCCAUCCCCGAAGAAGAUACCGAAGCUCUGGAGUCCGAGUCCGUCACCGACAGCGAUGUCAGCGACGACGAGCCUGGCUACCAUCUCGGUUCCCCCAACGUGGCGGCCUCGCUCGCUAAGUUCUCGCGUGGCGGUACCGCCGCCCAAGCCCGCCGGAACAACCUCAGCCCUGCACCACCGCGUAUCCGGGACCGUGCUCGUCGCGAUUCCGACGACGAUGGUACAGACCGUAUCCCGCCCUCUCGUCUUCGUCAAGCUGCUGGUCUGACCGCGCCCCCGCGCCAGCUUGAAGAUGAUACAGGCGAGACCCCGGCCGAGCGUCGUCGCCGUCUAAACGCGUUGGGUGUUGAAGGUGACGAUACUGAGGGGUCGGAGUCGGAUGAUAAUGAUAAUGCUAUUGCCGAGGAAGACUCGGAGGAUGAGAAUGACUCCAGCCAGACUAUGGGCAAGAACGAGAUUGCUGAAACGCAGAAACAAUCUGACCAGUCUUCUCCGUCUGGAUCUGGAUCCGGCUCUCAGUCUGCAGCCCGACACAUUCCGCGGGUUUCCUGGGGAGGCGAGAAGGGACGUGAACUUUAA